AUGCAUCGAACGAGACGACAAAGACGAAUAAAUACCGCCAAUACCACAAUCGCACACGUAACAUCGCCUACGGAGGACUACACAUCCAUGGAAUGUAAUCCUAGAGGCACAAGAAGAACCCCCGUACCAUCUUUGAGGGGACGAAGAGCGCCACCGGCUGGCUUGGGACCUGCAGGAAUUACCAUCCUACAAGAGGACCCCGCUACUGAUGGUGUAGUGCGACGACGCAUGCGCUGGACUAAAGAAUUAAAUAUAAGUGUUAUGCGCGCGUACUAUAAGGCUACCAAAGGAGGAACCAAUCUUACAUCUUAUCGCCCUAAAAUGCUAUCUGAAUUCCAACAGCUACAGCCCAACCUAACAAACUUAACUGCCCAAAGACUUUCAGAUCAAGUACGUGUCAUUCUAAGUCGUAAGAUUUUGGAUGACAGAUUACUUGAACAACUUUGCAGUGAGUACUCAACAUCUUCUAUCAAUUCAAUUCCUGAUUCCCAACGAACACUUCCAGGUGAGUCUGAUGAUUUAAAUGUUAAUAACAGUAACCAUAAUAUAAAUAUUACUAACUUAAACAACGAAAAAGUAGAGCAAAAUUGUUUUGAUAUAGAUGUGAGUUCCCAGGACAGCGAAUAUAUAAGAAGGACUUUCGAAUGUUCUCUUUUGGAAUAUAAAAAUACACCUAUAGAAAAUAGACCGAAACUACCUAAACUGCCUAACAACAAAAAAACUAUAUUAACAGUAGCAUCAAUGAAUGUUUUAUGUAAAGAUUAUUUUGAAAAAAGUAAUUCUAUUUUGGAAACUAUGUCUCUUCUAUACUGUUGUGCCCAUGCUGUAUGUAUGAUAAUGAAAAUUCCUAUCAUUUCAGUACAAAAUUUUAAGAAAAAUAAUACAGAACCUAAAUGGAAACAAAGAAUUCAAAAACGAAUUGACAAUACUCGCAAAAUUAUAGGAAAAUUAAUAAGCUACCAAACAGGUAACAGGCGUAAAAAAAUAAUUACUUUAGUAAAUCAAAUCUCUAAUGAAAAUAAUAUUAGCCAUUUAGAUCCCCAUUUUCCGGAUAAAAUUACUGAGUACAUUGAUACGCAAAAACAAAAAUUAAAAGCAUGGGCCAACCGUAUUAGACGAUAUUCAGAAAGGUCUAAACGGUACUUCCAAAAUCGCACAUUCGAAAGUAAUCAAAAGUGGGUGUAUCGGUCUUGGGAGAGCACUACAACUAAUAGUUGUACUCAUGGCAGCCCAAGCUUAAUUGAAUGUCUAAAUUUUUGGAAAAAUAUGUGGUCUAAUGAAGUUUCUCAUAAUGAAGGCGAAUGGAUUCGUGCAACCGAACGUAAGUUUUCUAAUUUGGCUAACAUGGGUUCUAUCUCAAUUACUGCUGAAGAUGUAUACUCAAUUACUCGUAGAUUACACAAUUGGAAAUCACCUGGACCAGAUGGUAUACACAACUUUUGGCUGAAAUGGAUAACAAGUAGCCAUGUGCGUUUGGCUGCACAGAUUCAAGAAGCAAUUGAGUGCUGUGAGCUCCCGAGACUUCUUACAACUGGUAUUACCCACUUACUAUAUAAAAAUGGAAACACCACGGAACCUAAAAAUUACCGACCUAUAACAUGCCUUUCAACUGUAUACAAAUUAAUAACUGCAAUUUUAAAUAACAAGAUCUAUAAACAUUUGGAAAAUAAUAACAUUCUGUCAACCGCACAGAACGGAUGUCGGAAAGGGUCACGUGGUUGUAAAGAACUUCUUCUCAUUGACACAGCUAUUUGCCGACAAGUUUUUCGUAAUCGCAAAAAUAUGUCCGCUGCUUGGGUGGAUUACAAAAAGGCAUAUGACUCUGUUCCACAUUCAUGGCUAAAGAGAGUUUUAGAAAUAUAUAAAAUAGAUGACAAAAUUUGUAAGUUUUUAAGUAAAUUAAUGGGUCAGUGGAACACUAUCCUAAAUCUACCAGGUAAGUGGCAAAGUAGUUCGAUAGACUCUAUAAAUAUUAAGCGGGGUAUAUUCCAGGGCGAUAGUUUGAGCCCAACUUGGUUUUGUUUAGCCCUGAAUCCUUUAAGCACUGUUAUUGAGGAAUCUGGAUUAGGAUUUCGGUUUCGAAAAGAAAACUCACCCAUCUCACAUCUACUUUACAUGGAUGAUCUCAAGCUAUUCACAUCAAAAGAGAGUGAUCUAUUAUUAUUGUUGAAAUUAACACAUAGUUUCAACAAUGAUAUUAGAAUGGAAUUUGGAAUAGAUAAAUGUGCUGUCAUAAACGUAAAUAGGGGCAAAAUUAAAGAUUGUAAUAAUUUUGCAAUUACAGAUGACUUACAUUUCAGUUCUCUUUCUGAGACAGAAACCUAUAAAUACUUGGGCAUGGCAGAAGCGCUAGGAAUUAAUGACAAAAACAUUAAAGAAAAUUCAAAAGUAAAAUUUAUGUCAAGAUUAAAAAAAGUUAUCAAAAGUCAUUUAUCUGGCGGAAACAAAAUUAGAGCAUAUAACUCCUGGGUAAUACCUAGCCUUCUAUAUACUUUUGGUAUUACAAGAUGGUCUCAAACGGAAUUGGAUGACUUAGAUAGACGAGUCCGCACAUUAAUGACUACGCACAGAAUGCACCACCCGCGAUCAUCUGUCAUGAGGUUGUAUCUUCCAAGAAAAGAUGGUGGACGGGGCUUAUUAAACAUUAAAAACCUACACAACCGUGAAGUAUACAACCUCAGAGACUAUUUUAUUAAAAAAAAGACACAUCACGCAUUCAUAGUGACGUAG